AUGGCAUAUGCAGAUGAUAUAAAAGUUUUUGCUUCAUACUCUGAUGAGGACAAAGUCGAAGUAACUGAUGCCUUGAGUGCUUGCCUUCAGAAAAUCUUAUCGUGGGCAGACUUGAACUGCAUUGAUGUCAACUUGCGUAAAAGUGUGUGCUUGACCAUCACCAAAAGGCAGGUGCAAGAGAACACACUUAAAGGCAGUGGAUCGGCAAAAUUUGAGGAAGUUUGGAUUCAUUGUUUGGGGCACGCUGUGUAUGGCACGCUGUCUAAUAUAUGCACGAUUUGCCGACCUGAAAGCUGGAAUCGUGUAACAAUUGUUUGGCUAUGGAUCAUGCGACCAUUCAGUGUGCACGAACGCUCAAUGAUAUUGCUUUAUCUAUUUCCCAUAUGGCAUUCUACUAAAGACAUUGCGCUGUAG